UUCAACAUUGUUUUUCAAUUCUCCUCCUCCAUCUUGUUGACCUUUAUAUCAACAAUUAUUAUUCCGCUUAAUAAUAUAUUACUCCCAAAACAGUCUCAUUCACAUUUGGUUUGCCGUAUUUGAUCCGGUCUUGUUGAAUAUUUCUAUUAAUUCAUAAUCUAUUUAAACACCGUGUUCUGGAUUUCCUUAUAAUCACACUAAAAUUCAAUUGUUCUACGAAAAAUACCUGCGUAAUUUGUAAGAGGAAAAGAAUUCAAUGGCGACUGCUAUGGGAUUGCUGAGGAAUGUUGGGGGUUGUGGGUCUGCCUCUGCUUCUUGGAUUCGUUUGAAGAAUUGCUCGAAUAAGAGGACGAAGAGGAGUGAAAAUAUUAGAUUUAAGGUUACUUGUGUUUAUUCACCUUCUUUGAGUGAUCCUUACAAGACCUUGAGGAUUCAACCUGAUGCUUCCGAAUCUGAAGUCAGAAAGGCUUUUAGACAGCUUGCUCUUCAGUAUCACCCGGAUGUGUGCAGAGGAAGUAAUUGCGGCAUCCAAUUCCACCAAAUCAAUGACGCAUACGAUACUGUGAUGAGUAACUUGAGAGGUGAAACAAAGAGUGCAGAGAUGGAAAUUUACGAGGAAGAUGAUGAUGAAUCCAUGAGAGGAGUGAAUGAUCCAGAUUAUGAUAUGUGGGAAGAAUGGAUGGGAUGGGAAGGAGCUGGCAUCCGGGAUUAUUCUUCUCACAUCAACCCUUAUAUAUAAUUUUUUUUUUAAUAAACGUGGUGUAUGGAUCAGCUCACGUGCUCAUUUUACAUAUUAUCUUUAAUUUGGAUCGUAAUGUUUCUGUCAAAUACCGAAAAACCCAUCCAUCUUCUUCUACUCAAAGAUGGUUUGAGGUUUCUGUACAUGCUCAAUGGAGGGAGUUGUAUAUUUUGUACAUAGAUGGAAGUCGUUCCUCCUCUGUAUUUAUCAAUUAUAAUGAUGCAAUGAUAUCAAUGAGAAGUUGUAUUA